AUGACAGCAGCCUCCAGGGGGCGACAGUGUAAGGAGCAGAUGGAGCAGGCUCUGGCCUCCACCGUGGUCCCUCUAGAGGUGGGGUCUGAGUGUCUGACCCUGAGGGAGGGGAGGAGUGGGUACGAGCUCGUCCUGGACCCUGCAGACCAAGAGCUGAAGACUGAGGUCGCUUUGAUCCAAAGAGUACAGCAGACUCUACAGCAGCUCAUAGACAAGGCCUUCGAGCAUCUGUGUGUUUUACAAGAGAACCGUCAGCAUCUCACAGCGGACCUCCAAAACAAGAUAGACGCUCUGGACAUUGACACGACCUGUCUGUCUCUGACCAGAAAGUCCAACCAAAUAUCACUGAAGCCCAACCCCACCAGGAUCCCCUCAGGGUCCUGUACCCCUCAGGAGUGGCUGCAGUUCAGUCAGUACAAUGUGGCCCGAGCAGAGGAGGCCAUGCACCUGUCCCAGCAGAUGAGGGAGGAAAUGAAACUCACACGAGCACAGCUUCAGAAUGAGUUGGAUAAACAACGCAGUGCCACUGAGUUUGCCCUCAGAAAACGCACCCAUCAGGAGGAGCAGGCCCAGGAUGAGCUUGAGUGGCAAAUCAGAAAUACAGAGAAUGAGAUGUCCGAUAUGGAGGGUGACAUAAAGGGGCUGGACGCAGAUUUACAGGCGAAGAGAGCGUCCCUGAAACUGGCCCACACCCGACUGGAGAACAGGACCCAGAGACCCGGGAUGGACCUGUGCAGAGACGAGGUCCAGCAUGGACUCGUUUAUGAAGUACAUCAGCUCGAAUCUACAAUCAUGUCUCUCAAACAGAAGCUCGCAGAAGCACAAAACUCUCUGCAGAGGUGUAAGCUGCACCACAGUCGGAUGUUGCAGGAUCUGUCCCGUAAACAGCAGGCCCUGUCUCUGGAGCAGCGCAGCCUAAACACCAGGACCCGCCUCCUCCCCCCCGUCCAUGGCUCCGACAGACCCCCUGCGCUGCCCCUCGUGCCCCUCACCAACUCCAGCGGGAGGAGCAACCUGCAGCUGCUGGCUCAGUAG